AUGUUACCAUCCCAAAGGAAGAUAUCUGAAUCACAGGCAACCGAAAUAGAUUUAGCCGAAAAAUCUGGAAUCCGUCUUAAUGCUGCAUUUGAGCUCAUGGAUAACGAGGAGCAGAUUACAAACAUAUUUUGGGCCGAUGCUCAGAUGAUCAUGGAUUAUGGGCAAUUUGGUGAUGUUGUGACUUUCGACACUACUUACAAGUUAAAUAGUGCACAUAGACCAUUUGCGUCUUUUGUUGGAUUUAACCAUCAUAGGGAAACUGUGAUAUUUGGUGCAACUUUGAUGUAUGAUGAGACCGCCGAUUCUUUUGUAUGGCUUUUUAGAAGAUUCUUGGAGACAAUGUAA